AUGCGUCCGCCAUCGCUCCUCCCGCUAUUCGGGCUUCUAGGCUUAUCAUGCGCCCACUCAGCCGCCCCAGGCACCGAGCUAAAAAAUGCAAAUCACAUUUUCAACGUGAUCCACGACUCAAUGCGCCAGUGGGGCUCGUCUCUGCAUCAUAAUGGAGUGUCGUUCUUCCUCGCGGGUGUUCCCGCCGGUACACAAUUCUACCAUGGGACCUCCAGGGCCAGCCCAGUGAAUGGCACCGAAUGGUUGGCGUUUGAGCCCGAACAUGCCAUGGUCUUCGCCCGGCCGGGACACGGCCCCACGCCACAGCUACCGUCCGACGAUCCUGAUACCGAGCGACAUGGUGGAAGUCAUGGUGAGCUGCGGAAGCGGGAACAUCAUGGCCCGCCAGGUGAGGGCCCGCUAAAGGCAUUUGAUGAAAAUGAGGCCGGGUAUUUGCAUACCUAUACUGCAGCCAAGGAUCUCCGUCUCCUAUAUCUUGACGGUAUGUCUGCUGCCAAGACAUCGAAGGGCACGCUUGAUUCUCAGGAUGCGGUUUUGUUCAACGGCUUGCUUGAAGAUCAUCCGAGUCCGGGUGGGCAAGAGAGUGAACGCGCCAGACUAUCUUGCGAGAUGGCACAAAAUGAAUGGGAGGGUCGCAUUGACGGCGUGCUGCGCAUGGAAGCUGGCUUUGAGAUUAUCCUGUGCGAUUUUGAGCGCGAUCUAAUUCCCGUGCGAAUCAUGCAGAUCAAGCAAAGCUCCGAGGAACAUCAUGGGCCUAGAGGUGACGGUAACCAUGGUGACCGGGAUGGUCCUCGCAAAGAGGGUGAUGACAAGCACCACGACGGUCAUGGCCCACACAAGGAGGACGAUGGAAAGAGACACCGUGCCGGUGGCCCUGGUGGUCCUAGAGGACCUCCCCAUGGCGGACCUGGAAAUGGGCCGGACGCCUCGCGCUGGAUGCGUGCAAUAACCGCACGCUACGACGGGAUCGGUGGAAAGCGAGUUUCGCUGAACUUCAACCACUUUGUGACAGCUUUCUCCCACAACGUAGAGCUCUUCGAAGGCAAUUCAACCCUUCCCCGACUUGUCAACCUCUCUCCUGAGGAGCGCGCUGCCAUCCGUGCCGAAGUCACGACUCUGGUCAUGACGCAUCAUCCCGCCGAACUCUGCGAGGACUGGCAGGCGAUCACGGAUAUGAUCGUGACUCGGUACAGCAAGGAGCUGUCAUACUUUUUUUCCAGUAGCUUUGAUUCAAUUGAGCAACUGCAGUCUGAGAUUGGGCGUGUUCUGUCUCCGUUCAUUGACUACAGUGGACGGGAUGAUAUCUCUGAGAUUGAGCGUUGUGCAACACAGUUCUUACCGCCGUCAUCUUUGGAGAGUGGCGGUAUUGCGGCGCAUGCUGUUCACGGUGUUGCUCAUAAAAUUUGUUCGUCUCUGGUUGAGGCUGGCAAGGAGCAGGAUCUUGAGUCUGCGGUCCAGGUUGUUCGGGAUCUGGUUGGUUAUCUUGAUUGGGGGACGUGGAAGGAGUGCCGGGGUUGUGCGGUGAAUGAAAUUUGUGUCGUACCUAUUUGGCCCAUGGGUACGGUCCAGGACUAUGAUAGCCCACAGUGCAAGGAUGCGUCAAAUCCAUACGAUCAGGAUGGAGAGACUUACUGGGGUGGAAUGCAUCGCUGA